CCCGCAAUUAAUUUUAUAGUCACGUGAUGCCGAACCCCACCCACUCUGGCCUCUUUCUUUUAUUCACGUGUAUUGUUGAAGGAGAAGGCCUAAGUUGCAGCAUUUCAAGAUGGUCCGUCCACUUAAAACAAUAGAAACGGUAAAGAAGAGAAGGAAGCACUUCAUUAGGUUCCAGAGUGACAGGUUCCUCCGGGUCAAGCCCAGCUGGAGGAAGCCUAAAGGUAUUGACAAUCGCGUGAGGCGUAAGUACAAAGGAGCUCGUAAGAUGCCAAACGUUGGGUAUGGGUCAAACAGGAAGACGAAGCACAGACUACCUAAUGGGUUUUACAAGUUCACAGUGAACCAUGCUAAAGAGCUGGAUAUUCUAAUGAUGUCCAACAGACGUUAUGCAGCUGAAAUAGCUCACCGUGUCUCUGCAAGGAAGCGGAAGACUAUAGUCAGAAGAGCAGCUCAACUGAAUAUAAGAGUAUUGAAUCCAGACGCCAGGUUACGUACACAGGAGAAUGAAUAACAACAAACGUUUGUUCAUUGACGAUAUUGUUGUUGUUGUUUUGUUAAAAUGAAUAAUUUUACAUUCUAUAAUCUCAACCUUGUGAAAUAA